UUCUCUCUGUCAUUCCCCUCUCAAUCUUUGAUCAAUGUACUUGCCAGGGAGAACCCAAGUCCUUCAAACCUCCUCCUUUUCACCUUCAUCCUUAACUUUGUACUAGAGCGGGACCCACACAACAACAGCCGACCCUCCCUGCCCCUGACCCUCCCCCCCAAAGCAGCCCCCGUUCCCAGCCCCCGGAGAGGACUCGCAUUUCGACUUGCGGGACACUUUUGUGCGUUUCUCUCCAGAGUGCCUCUCGCGCUCGCCCCUCCUGCGCUCGCUCUUUCUUACCCUCAUCUCUUUUUUCCCCCCUUCUCUCCCCUUUCUCCUCCUCGUUUUCUCCUAGAGUUGUUGUUGUUGGUGUUGCCGCCCCUAGCUCCUUCUCCUCUUUUUUACCCUUCCCCUCCCCGGGGUGUGUGGCAACUUUUCCCCUCGCUUCUCCUUCUGUUUCCCCUUAUAUGUGACCAUGGCAGUGCCGGCGGCUUUGAUCCCUCCGACCCAGCUGGUCCCCCCUCAACCCCCGAUCUCCACGUCUGCUUCCUCCUCCGGCACCACCACCUCCACCUCCUCGGCGACCUCGUCUCCUGCUCCGUCCAUCGGGCCCCCGGCGGCCUCAGGGCCAACUCUGUUCCGGCCAGAGCCCAUAGCGGCGGCGGCGGCGGCCACAGUCACCUCCAUCGGCGGCGGCGGCGGCGGCAGCGGAGGCGGCGGCGGCAGCAGCGGCAACGGAGGCGGCGGUGGCGGCGGCGGCGGCGGCGGCGGCGGCAGCAACUGCAACCCCAGCCUGGCGGCCGCAAGCACCGGCGGCAGCGGUGGCGGCAGCAUUAGCGCUGGCGGCGGCGGCGCCUCCAGCACCCCCAUCAACGCGAGCACCGGGAGCAGCAGCAGCAGCAGCAGCAGCAGCAGCAGCAGCAGCAGCAGCAGUAGCAGCAGCAGUAGCAGCAGCUGCGGCCCCCUCCCCGGGAAACCCGUGUACUCAACCCCGUCCCCAGUGGAAAACACCCCCCAGAAUAAUGAGUGCAAAAUGGUGGAUCUGAGGGGGGCCAAAGUGGCUUCCUUCACGGUGGAGGGCUGCGAGCUGAUCUGCCUGCCCCAGGCUUUCGACCUGUUCCUGAAGCACUUGGUAGGGGGCUUGCACACGGUCUACACCAAGCUGAAGCGUCUGGAGAUCACACCGGUGGUGUGCAAUGUGGAACAGGUUCGCAUCCUGAGGGGACUGGGCGCCAUCCAGCCCGGAGUGAACCGCUGCAAACUCAUCUCCAGGAAGGACUUCGAGACCCUCUACAAUGACUGCACCAACGCAAGUUCUAGACCUGGAAGACCUCCUAAGAGGACUCAAAGUGUCACCUCCCCUGAGAACUCUCAUAUCAUGCCACAUUCUGUUCCCGGCCUCAUGUCUCCUGGAAUAAUCCCUCCAACAGGUCUGACAGCGGCAGCUGCCGCAGCUGCCGCUGCUACCAACGCUGCCAUUGCCGAAGCAAUGAAGGUGAAAAAAAUCAAGUUAGAAGCUAUGAGCAACUAUCAUGCUAGUAGUAACCAACAUGGAGCAGAUUCUGAAAAUGGUGACAUGAAUUCAAGUGUUGGCAGCAGUGAUGGUUCUUGGGAUAAGGAAACAGUGUACUACUCUCUCCCCACCCAGGGAUUGCAGGCUUCUCUCACCCACCCCUGUAUGCCUGGAGACCAUAGCCUUCUAGUUAGUCAACCUCUCAACCGUCUUCAGCAGAACCACCGUCUGCCAAAUGGACUGGAACUUCCUUUUAUGAUGAUGCCCCACCCUCUGAUUCCUGUCAGCCUACCUCCAGCGUCUGUUACCAUGGCAAUGAGCCAGAUGAACCACCUCAGCACCAUUGCAAAUAUGGCGGCCGCAGCCCAAGUUCAGAGUCCUCCAUCCAGAGUUGAAACGUCUGUUAUUAAGGAGCGAGUUCCCGACAGCCCGUCCCCUGCCCCCUCUCUGGAGGAGGGCCGCAGGCCUGGCAGUCACCCAUCCUCGCAUCGCAGCAGCAGCGUGUCCAGCUCCCCUGCACGGACCGAGAGCUCUUCUGACAGAAUCCCUGUCCAUCAGAAUGGGUUGUCUAUGAACCAGAUGCUGAUGGGUUUAUCACCUAAUGUACUCCCUGGCCCCAAAGAGGGAGACCUGGCUGGUCAUGACAUGGGACAUGAGUCAAAAAGGAUGCAUAUUGAAAAAGAUGAGACCCCGCUUUCCACACCAACAGCAAGAGACAGCCUUGACAAACUUUCUCUAACUGGGCAUGGACAACCACUACCUCCAGGUUUUCCAUCUCCUUUUCUGUUUCCUGAUGGAUUGUCUUCCAUAGAGACCCUUCUGACUAACAUACAGGGGCUCUUGAAAGUUGCCAUAGAUAAUGCCAGAGCUCAAGAAAAACAGGUCCAACUGGAAAAAACAGAGCUGAAGAUGGAUUUUUUAAGGGAAAGAGAGCUAAGGGAAACACUUGAAAAGCAGUUGGCCAUGGAACAAAAGAAUAGAGCCAUAGUUCAAAAGAGGCUAAAGAAGGAGAAGAAGGCCAAGAGAAAAUUGCAGGAAGCCCUUGAAUUUGAGACAAAACGACGUGAGCAAGCAGAGCAAACACUAAAACAGGCAGCUUCAACAGAUAGUCUCAGGGUCUUAAAUGACUCUCUGACCCCAGAGAUAGAAGCUGACCGCAGUGGCGGCAGAACAGAUGCUGAAAGGACAAUACAAGAUGGAAGACUGUAUUUGAAAACUACUGUCAUGUACUGAAUCUUUCCUGGCGAAGAAAUUCAUGUUACGGUAAAGACCUUUGCAGUUAGACAUUCGUCAGUGGAAAAUUUGGAAAAAAUAAAGUCCUUUUAAGGGAACUUCCUCAAUUUUGUGUAUUGAUGUUCUUCAACAGUUUAAGUAUUCUACAAAAAAAAAAAAAAGUUUUCUCCAUUGAUUUUCACCUGUGGUUCAUGCCAGAGACCUGAGAAUGUUUGUAAAUGUACAAGUAUCAAACUUCCUACAGUUAAUAACUGCAACUUUGCUGCUGGACACUUGCAUAUAGAGUUAAAGGCAGGUCUGAGUAAGACCUAGCUUUGCUUUUUAAUGGAAUGAACCAUUUUCCUCUCCUGAAAAUUCUGUACCUGAGCACAUCAACAGACUCUUGUAGCACUGGUCACCCAGACUUACAGAAUUAUGUCCUCCAGAAACCAGCAAGAACACUUGGAAAUGAGCUUGUAGGGGGCAUAGAGGAUUCCUGGGGGAAAAAAAAAAUCAAUAAAAUAAAGAGUAAUAUUCUGUUACAUUCAACUAUAAACUCUCUAUUGUGGGUUUUCUCCUGAAGAUUUUCUUUCCACAUGCUUUCCAAAAGGCCAACAAAUGGAUGUUGACAACAACCCGAUGAAAUAACAUUUUGCAUAUCUAACAAGAAGCACUGAAUUAAGCCAAAAGGUUUCACUUAAGGUCUUCUUUCUUAAAAAUAAUUAAAGAAAAAAAAAAAAAAACUAUAUAUAAAUAUAACAUGUUUUCAUUCCAAACUGGUAGUGGUAUAUAGAAUCAAAAUAUAUAAUGUUGCUUCUUAUUCAAGCUGUUGGUCACAUGUACAGUAUAUAAACAUAAAACACACAAGGAAGGUAUUAUGUAUGCAGUAGUAUACUAGAGUUUAGGAAAAUGAAAAUUUUAGGAACUAUGUUUUGUCACCCUGUUGGUCAGAAAGACGCCUUUCUGGUUUUAACGCAUGCAGGCAUGUAAAUAUUUGUCUGGAGUCACAGUAUUGAUGAAUGAGACCUUAAGCAUCUGGUGACGUCAGAACUCGCUGUCAGCCACUUUUAUUUGUAUAUUGAACCCUAGUUAGUGCCCCAAACUGCACUAUUGAGAAUGGAUCGUGGCUGAUCAGUAAAUCAAAACACCAGAAAUAUUUUUAUAUGUUAAUGUCAUAUUAUGUUAAUGUUGCUGAAAAACAAAACCUAACAAACCCUUGAUGUAUCAGUCUAAUACCAUGUAGCGCUGAGUGAUAAAGUUAAGAUGUGUUGUGCUUCCCACUCUAGUCAGAGGGAAGGGUGGCUACGUGUUAUUUUCACUGUCUUUUUGAAAGUUACAGUAUGUGUUUUCACUUUUGUGCAGAUAACUGGAAGUAAAGCUGCAAACACUGCUUAUUACACAUUUAUGUUACCUUCUCUUUGUUUUUCCAUAUCUGGGGUUACACCUUUAAAGACUGAUAUUACGAGUCAGGACAAUUAUACAUUUUAUGAUUUUGCUGUCAUCUUAAAACUUUAUGAUCAUAACAUUAUUUAUUACCAUAAAACAGCAAAAUCUUAAAUGUCUCAGAAAAGUAGAUUAAAUAUGCUUAAAGAAAGUUCUGAUUGGCUAUUACUUGGUUAACAAAAAUUUUUAAUAUUAUAGAUACUCUGGCACUAAGCUUCUGUAGGUUUUAGGUCUUUGCAAUACUGGAAUAGAUUUCUUUCCUGUAGCUCACUAUUAACCAACUAAGUCCAUUUCUAAAAUACAAAUAAAAAGGUUAUAUAUAUAGUUCCUAUUUUAGCUUCCUUAAAAAAGGAGCAAUAUUUUUAUUUAAAAUAUUGUUUGAGCUUUGUAGAAACCUCGUUUUUCUUAGUUCUUCCCUAACCAUCUUUUUGUUGUCUGAGCACAAGAGAUUCUAUUCCUAGGUGUAUGUAUUUUUUUUUUCCACAUAUGCAGUCUUUAAAGGAUGACAAUACUUAAAAUUGGAUGGACUUGUGGCAAGCUUUUGAAUCAUACAUUUUUUGAACGAUUUUUUAAAAAGUCUACAAUUUACAUAAGUGGUAGAAUCCGCCAUUGCUCUGCUCCUUGCAUAGAGUCACCUGUUAGGUAGGUUAAAUAGUUUUAAAAUACAUACUUUCAAGACCUUUGAGAAUGCUUUAGAGUUUGGUUUGACCUAAAAGGAAAUUUUAGCAAGGAUUGAAGAAAAAAGCUAUCAGGUAUAUGUUAAGAGUGAAUCUUACUAACAUGUAAAUACUGCAAUUCAUGAAAUGUUAUUGUCAGUCUGUAACUUAAGUUUUUUGCCCUUUUUUAGUUAUGCAGGUUGGUUUGGAAAUUUUUGUUUAGACAAGUAAAAUUGUGCCCAUUUUAUGUUUCCCAUGCUUUUAUAAUCCUAAAGGUAUUAAUGUCUAGUUGUUCUGUAUUAUAACCACAUUUGCGCUCUAUGCAAGCCCUUGGAACAGAACAUACUCAUCUUCAUGUAGGACCUAUGAAAAUUGUCUAUUUUUAUCUAUAUAUUUAAAGUUUUCUAAAAUGAUAAAAGGUUAUUACGAAUUUUGUUGUACAAAAUCUGUACAAAAAUCUGUUUUUACAUCAUAAUGCAAGAAUUGGAAAUUUUUCUAUGGUAGCCUAGUUAUUUGAGCCUGGUUUCAAUGUGAGAACCACGUUUACUGUUACUGUAUUUAAUUUUCUUUUUCUUUUCAACAAUCUCCUAAUAAAACUGUCUGAAAUCUCCCAGUGACUUUAUUUACAGUUUGUCUUUAUUAAAUUUUGUGAAAUGCAUAGCAUUGAAGGAGUAUUUACUUUCUAAUGGGAAGCAUCUAAAAACAACAUAAGUCAGCUUUUUGCAGUGCUAAGGGAACAAUGCUCAAUGAUUUUAUUUAACAUGCAACUGCCUCUAUCUCUAAUAUGAAUUACUGUGGUGAAAAACAUCAUAAAAGCACACUCUGUAGUUAUUGUUUAACAAGCAGAUUUUCCAUAUUUUGUUUCUUGCUAGCUAAGCAAACUGCCCACAUAUACAUGAUUUAUUUAUGUACAUUUCUCAGUUUAUGAAGCUGUUAUUUGUACCUUUUUUCUUUAUAUUCUUAUAUUCCCAUGAUUCUUAUUUCACAAAGCUUUGUGCUGAAUAAUGUGAAGUAGAUGUGUUGAUGGAACAAAAUAUAUUAUUCCCAUAUCUAUAACAGUGUAGAUUUGUAACUCUAACUCAGUGUCUUUCUUUUUGAUCUCUAUCGUUGCAAAAAAUGCCUUUAGACACUUUGAAAUUCCAGUAUGCUUUAAUAAUAUAUAAACGUUUUAAUCAAUCCAGCAUUUGAAGAAAUAUUGGGUUGCUAUCUCUGUGAAUAUUUUAAACAUUCCCAAGAGAAUGGAAAAUAGAUCUUUUUUUUUCUGUCUAAAGGAAUUAUUUCAGUGAGCUCUUGAAAUAGUAUAUUAACAAAUUAUUAUUUUCCCAUAAUUAAAAAACUAUGUUUAUGUGACCAUUACAAACACAUUUUUGUUUUCUGUCGUAAUGUAUUCAUGUCAGUAACACUUAUUCUAGAACAUCAUAAGAUCUAUGGAUGUUCGUAGAAUUUGGUGAUAAUUUAGAUUUCUUCUUCCGUGUGUUUUCAUUGGGUCUAGCAAAUUUACACUCUACUCCAAAGCUAUUUAUUACUAGAGGAGAAUCAGUUAUAAAUAAAAGUAGUAUGGAUUGUGUUUUUAAAAUAUGAGAAAUAGAGAUGUUAAUAGAAUUCAAAUGCAUUUGUGAAUGCCAUUGUAAAAACAUUACGUGUUUCUUAUAUAUAGGGUUGGUGCUAACAUUUAUCUUUAAUAUGUACCACUUAUAUAUAGAAGCUGAAAUGAUACUCAUUUAUUCAUUUAAGCAACAUUGAUUAAUAAAGCCUCUGUUCUGCAGAAAGCAUGGUACUAGAUGUUGUAACAGCUACAUUAUGAAUAUUGAAAAUAUAGUUGUUAUGUGGAGGUUAUAACUUUAUUGGAAUGGUAAGUCUUAUUUUCAUUGAGCAUAUACUCUGUAGCGGACAUAGAGCUGUUAUUAAGUGAGCAUUGAUUUAAAGAGCUUUCUACUAGGUGUUACCAAUCUAGCAACUCAUUUUAUACAUCAACCUUCUAGAAAACAGAACAAGAUGAUUUGGGAGUCAGACAACUGUGUAGGAAUUGAGAAAAGGGAAAGAAACAUCUUCCCCCAGGAGUAGUUAUUCUUUACAUGUUAUUCGUUCAUUUAUUUCAAUCACAUCAUUUCUUCCUACCUGUGAUUGUUAACUUUAAGACGAGUAGCCUGUUUAAUCACUGAAAAAAAAUUAUCGUCAAAAACCAAUCAAUUCCUAAAACAUGCAGGCUAUUUAGCAUAGUUGUACAAUAUUCAAUUCCUAUCACCCAGCAUCUGUGUAUCUGUAGUGGAAUUAAAGGCCUAAAAUGACACAAACAUAGAGCAUAAACUCCUAAGUGCCAAAUGAGUGCUUUAGGUAAUGAGCGACAUCUAUAUUGACAACAUCAUUUACAUCUAUAGAAUAACGAGCUGGAGAUUUUGAGUGGAACUAUUGGAUCAGUUAGAACUCCCCUGGUUGUAUAUAAUGAAAACAAAUGGUUGCAAGGUUAAAAAGCUUGAGGAAUUGUUAUAAAGAUUCAGGGGGUACACAUAGAACCCCCAGACAGGAAUGCAGAUAUACCCCAGGGACCAAAGAACCUCUUCUACUUUCACCUUUCUGUUCCUCUUGAUGACUCUGCUUCUUUCACCUUCUUUCUUUUUUUACACCUACUUGUUUCUCUUGUCCGUCUCUUGACUCCUUUAUUAUUCAGGAACAUAAGAUACAGCUCACAGAAGUGGACCUCUCAUUUUCUCUUUCUUGUCCUAAGUCAGAUUCGCUGAGAGUUCUGAUUGCCUCAACUGAGACCUCAUGCCAGAAGAAUAUUUGGCAGUACAAGUAUCUGGGGAAUUUUAAAAUCUAUUACAUCUAAUUAAGUUUGAUUUGCUGUCAGUUGGGGCUCAGGUGAUUAUAAUAUGCAGCUAAGGUUGAGAACCACUGACUGGGACAAUGGCAAGUAUUACCUUGUAGAAAAUAGUUAGUGGGGGUCCUGCUGUGGUGGCAGGGAGUAGGUGGGGUGGGAAUUGGGGAUUGUGGGCUGUGCAGACACUACAGACAACUAGUAAUUUUGUAAAAUCAAAUGUUCACAAAAAGUAAUUUUAGCAUUGUAAGCUUAAUUCUGAAUUGAAUAUGAAUUUGCAGUCCUCCCACUCAGGUGCAAAAGAAAUCAGGUUUAUUUAUUUUUUUUCCUAAACAAAAUUGUUGGUAAACCUGGCCCAAGUGCCAGUUGGACAGGAAGUAAAAAAUUCUAACUCAAUCAUUAUUGAGGCUCCAUUCCUUUGAAUGUCCUAAGGUUUGUCCUCAGUCUGCAUUGUUUAGGGAGCACCUUCUACUUAUCUUGCCUUGGCUCCAAGAAGCAGCCCUAAGCCAUUGAGACCAGUCAGCCUUAAACCUCCACAGUUGCAGUAGUAAAAAUGAUACCACUGUCUGAUAUGGUUCUCAGUAUUGGUAGGGGAAGCAUUUAAAGACAAUUAUAUUAAAUGGGAAAGUAUAAAGGGAUAUGAAAGGAGAUAAGUUUUCUACGCUUUACUUGAACUGGUAGAAUGUUGGCAAUACCAGUAGACUGAUAACGUUUGUAUAUAUAAUAGUUAGAAAAAAAAAAAAAAGAA